AUGAAGUUCAAAUUUACAUCACUGAGCAUGAUUAGAGUGUUAAUUCAAACACUAACAAAUGGAAGUGGACCAAGGCCAAAAGUCAAAGUAAAGAUUUUGGUGAAUGGUUUAAAACUUGUGCCCAGAAAGAUGAUGUACCAUUACAACUUGAAAAACUUUCUAGAGGUCCUAAUUUUGUUGCAAAUAGUUUCACUAACUUCAAGUUUUGCUAGCUCCAAGGAUGGAAAUCCUAGGACAGAACCCGUCACUUAUUAUGGAGAAAUUGUUGAUAUAAUUGAGUUAUACUACUAUGACAACUUCAACUUUGUGUUGUUUAAAUGCGAUUGGUUUGAGGUUGAAAAAGACAAAUACGAACUUACUUGUUUUUGUUUCAAUAAGAAAAUUUAUCAGAAUGAUCCAUUUGUGCUACCUUCUCAGGUUCAUCAAUGUUACUAUGUCCAAGACCCUUUUCAUCCAAAUAGGUAUUAUGCUCUGCAAACGGUUCCACGAGAAUUUUUUAACAUUGGUGACCCUUCAAACUUACAAGCUGAAACACCUUCUCAUAGAGAUAAUAGUGAUGGUGAUGGUGAAUUAAAUUGGGUUAGGGAAGACAUACCUGCAACAGUAACUGAAAUACCUUCUCGUGAAAUGAAAGAAGCUGAAAGUGAUGGAGAGGAUUCUGAUUAUAAUGAUACUCUAUUUGAUUUUAGGACUGAUGUAUAG